AUGGAUCUGACGGCUCUGCUGGGAUCGCAUCCUAUCGCGGACCCUGAAGAAGAGGCAUUCGUCGUCUUCUCGCAAGACAUUCCUUCUCAGUCGCUCGGCUUCUUCGACUCCAAGGCGCCCACGCUCGACUUCACCGUGGCGGGCCACCAGCUGGUCAUCCACCACUCCAAGAGCCUCCUGACCUCUGAUCGCAAGACAGGAACUACCGGUGCAGCAAUCUGGCGAGUCACUCCCCUCUUCGCCAAUUGGAUCGCCUCCCCCACCAACUUCCUUGCCACCAGCGCUCUCCUGUCUCCUUCCGCUACUGUCCUUGAGCUCGGUGCCGGCGUCUCUGGCAUUGUCGCCCUGACUCUCGGCCCAAGAGUCGGCAAAUACAUAGCCACGGACCAGCCAUACGUGUUGAAACUCUUGCGCCAAAACAUUGCUGAGAACCUGCACACCGUCUUCUCACAACACCACAAAGGCAAGAAUGCAAAAGGUAGCGGCAAACGAAAUGCCAAGGCCGACAAUGCCUUAGCAGCAGCAGGUGCACAAGACCGCAUCACCACCAUGGAGUUAGACUGGGAGACUGAUUCCGUGUCGCAUCUUCCUCCCGUAAACCUCAUCAUAUCCUGCGAUUGCGUCUACAACGAAGCCCUCAUCGAACCAUUGAAUUCUACCUGCGCCGCCAUAUGCAAGUUACAAGAGGAUGAAAGCAAGCCUACAAUAUGCUUAAUAGCACAGCAAUUGCGCAGCCCAGAUGUAUUCGAAACUUGGCUGAAAAGCUUCCACGAAAAGUUCUGGGCGUGGCAGGUUCCCGAUAAAAUGCUGGGUGAGGGACUGUGCGAGGGAAGUGGAUUCGUCGUCUAUCUAGGCGUCGUGAGGUGA